AUGAGUGAGAAAGUCGUUGAAAUUUUAAACGCCAAAGAAUGUGAAACAGUUGUUAGAAAUGCGCUGAAAUUAAGCCCAGAUGAGAGUACAAAAAUUGUCAGCUAUGCUCUUGAGAAGGGAUCGAAUGAGCUCGUGGGUUUUAUGGGUGAAUAUUUCAAGCUGCGCGUGCAAAUAGCAGACGAGCAAUCACCGGAGGGUACGCGAGAGCUUUGUUGUUUUGUAAAAUCGGUGCCCCUUUCGAACGAAUUGCAACGUGCUGAGUGUGAGCGCAAGAGCUUUUUUCGCAAAGAGAUCUGUGCCUACACAGCGAUCUUGCCGAACAUACAAAAGUAUGCCACCACAAAACUGUCUGCUGAAUGCUACUAUACGCGUGGUGAUUUGUUGGUGCUUGAGGAUCUCUUCGCUGCCCAUCUAGGCUAUCGGCAUCUGGCCAGCGAUGAGCCAUAUACGAGCCGGCAUAUCAAGCUAUUUCUCACGCAUUUGGCACAGCUUCAUGCCGGCAGCAUUGCAUGGGAGGAAAAGGAAGGCGUCAAUAUCGGCAAGCAAUUCGGGGAUUCGCUAUUUGAACUGAUGUUAAUUGCAGAAAAUGAGUGGUACGUCACCGGCGCGAAGCUCUUUUAUGAAGAUAAGGGUUUGCCAUUAUGUUUUCAAAAUGGUUUUUGGCAGGUGACUGUCGCGUUUAGCUCGAAUAAAUUCCAGUCCAGCUGCCCAGUUUUCGAUCACUUGUUGCAGCAUUUGGGACCCUAUCUCAGUAAUGGCGUGCUAAAUACUUCAUAA